CUCGUUAUGUCCCUCGCGGGCCUGAUCCAAGGGAAUAUAGAGGUGGUCCUGCACGCGAGUAUGCUCGCCCUGCUCCUUAUGACAGGUAUGACCGAUAUGAUCGAGGCGAUCGUUAUGAUAGAUGGAUGGGAGGUCGCCCAAGAUAUGAGGAUCGCCCUCCUCGCGACUAUAGACCCACUCCCUAUGACAUGGGUGGACGUGGCUAUGAUGAUAGGGCCAUGUACGAUCGUGGUUAUGAACGUCGUCCACGCUACGAUGAAAGAUAUGAUCGCUACUAAAUCUGUGACAUUAAAACAACGAUGGGUCUUGUUGGUGCCUCAUCACGAUUUCCGUGUUUUUUUUUCUUCCUACUUCCUACUUCCUACUUUGACUGAGUGACCAAGUGAGCCCUCUUCGACCAUGCAAAACCAAAUGCCGGC